CUCCGUUACGUUUACAUUCUGUUCUCGACAUCGCGUUCAUUGUGGGGAGCCAUUACCCUCGUCCGCGUUAAAGCAUCGUGCCAUAUUCCCACUCGCGCCCUAAAAAUUACAACAUUCUCGUAGUUUUAAGUGAAAUAUUAUGAGAGUGAAGACCGAUAUGGACGACGACGAGAAGGGAAAAUUAUUUGUUGGUGGACUAUCAUGGGAAACAACCCAAGAAAAUUUGCAGCGUUACUUUGGCCGAUAUGGUGAAGUAAUAGAUUGUGUGGUUAUGAAGAAUAGUGAGUCUGGACGCAGUCGUGGGUUUGGAUUUGUGACAUUUAGUGACCCAGCAAAUGUUUCUUUGGUUCUUCAAAAUGGCCCUCACCAACUUGAUGGUCGUACGAUUGAUCCGAAACCUUGUAACCCACGUACUCUUCAAAAACCAAAGCGUAGUGGUGGUUUUCCAAAAGUUUUUCUUGGUGGUUUGCCAAGCAAUGUGACUGAGACUGAUUUGCGGUCUUACUUUACUCGCUUUGGCAAAGUUAUGGAAGUAGUGAUAAUGUAUGACCAGGAAAAAAAGAAAUCAAGAGGAUUUGGCUUCCUAAGUUUUGAGGAUGAAGAAGCAGUGGACAGAUGCGUUGCGGAGCACUUUGUCAACCUGAAUGGAAAACAGGUUGAGAUUAAACGUGCAGAACCGAGAGAUUCCUCGAGCAAAAUGAAUGAUAGUCAUCAAGGUCAGUGGGGUCCGCCUCAACAGGGUGGUCCACCGAUGGGUAUGGCGGGGAACAUGGGUCCGAUGGGUGGACCGAAUGGCCAGAUGGGUGGACCGAUGAUGGGAGGUCCGAUGGGUCCGCCAGGAAAUAUGAUGCAGCAAUAUCAAGGUUGGGGAACCAGCCCUCAAACUGGUGGAUAUGCUGGAUACAGUACUCAGUAUAACACUCAAGGUUGGGGAGCACCACCAGGACCUCCGCAGCAGCAACAAAUACCUCCGCCUCCACCGCAUCAAUGGGGUAGUAGCUACAACGUUCAGCCUGCGGCGGCUACUCAAGGCUAUGGAAGCUACGGUGGGCCGGCGGCGGCCGCUUCAGGGGGCUACGGGCCCACGGCGGGUACUGGCGGGGCUGCGGGGGGCGGGCCUGGGGGCUCCUGGAGCUCCUGGAACAUGCCACAGAAUGGGCCUCCUCCUGGGACCCAGCCCCCACCCCAGCCCCCUCAGCCCAACUCCUCGCAGCCCAACUCCAACUCGAACCCCUCUGGCCCGCAGGGUGACAUGUAUUCACGUCAGAACACUGGUUCAGGUGCGCCCGGCUCCAGCAGCAGUUCGGCCAAGACUCCAGAUUACACUGGGUAUUCCGCAUACAGUAAUUAUGCCGACACCUCUUAUCCACAACGUUCUUACCAGGGUGGAGAAAGCAAUCAAGGCGCCGGAUAUGGAGCUUCAAGCGUUCCUGCUGCACCAGGAACCAACGACAACUAUGGCGGUGGGCCCCAAAGGGGUUACGCGGGAUCUGCUACCAACUCCAAUUACCAUCCUUAUCGUCGCUAAAAGGAUAAAACGAAGUCGUUCUUCGGCUAUACGUCCGGGGUUACCCUUCGUUUCUUUGUUGCUAACGAUGCAAACGUGUGUGUAUAUAUAUAUGUAUAUAUACACAUAUACACACAUACUUACAUAGCUACAAACAUAUAGUUUAUACGGUGAUAGGGUAUGUUCAGUUUACGUACUUUAAAUCUGCGUGGGGAUGAUUUGCGGAAGAUCGGCAGAUCCAAGACUUCUUGCGUGGGAUGAAUGAGACGCACGACCGGUCAAAACAAUGCAUGCAGUGGACUGUUGGAGCGUGCCAUUUCCUCGACGUCAUUUGCGACAAGUUUCGUGGAGUACUACGUUCGUUGAGAAAGGAAGAGAAGAAUUGUGGAUCAAUGCGACUGCGAUGCAUCGACUUUUUUCCGAAAGGCAUUUGGAGCGUUUGACUUGGUCGAGCAACGAGUCCGGUAACGGUUACAGGUGGAGCGAGUUACAAGUUACAAGUAAAUUUCAGCUUUAUGUACGACACUUCAUUGAUUGGUGCCACUUGUGAAGUUGCGCGCGUGUCGCGCCACUUUACAGCAAAGUCAAUUGUAGUUGAAAUUAUUUUUAUAGCAUUUGACUUUUCAUGAAAAAAAUUUUGAAACACGAUUACGGAUAAUGCAUGUCAAAUUUGCAUUUAUAACAGAAGUUAUCUAAAAUAAUAAUAUUAUCUUAUAAUAUUACAAAUAAUAAUAUCAAUACACCUCUCUUAUGCGCUAAUACGAUAAUACUUUAAGAUAUUUUUAAUACAAAUUCGAUACUGGGAUAUUUAAAACGAGGCUCUCAUUUCUCUCAUUGUAGACACAUUAAAUUGAAAGCAAAAGCGAGAAGUACGUUUUCUCUGGUGCAAUAUAGUCGACAUAAAUCGAUUUCUUCACAUAUCAAGAAAUUAUGCCAUCGCGUUCUAUCUCGAUCAGCUGUCACCAAUCGGAUUCGUUUUCGUUCGAAAAUGUGAAACCAUUUGUAUGUCGGUUCAUCGAUGCGAAGUAAUUAAGCGCGAUAAGCUCUUUCGAUAUAUUCCAACAGUCUAUCAAACACACACACACACACACACACACACACAUGUACGUACUGUUGCAUAUAUUGAAUGCAAAUGACAAAUUAUAUAAACAAGACUUUUUGCUAUAUAAUCGAUUGAAAAAGACCAAAGAGAGCGGGUCACGGUUGUUGAUGCGAAUAUGCAAACUGUGAGAGGAUAAUAUCACUGGAAAGUGAGAAAAUUUAUACUGUCAUGCUGUAAUUAUUAUCCUUCCAUAGUUUGGAUAUUCACACCAACAAUCGUGACUGACUCUCUGGCUGUCUUUCUGUUUCAAAUUGAAUGCGAAUAAGUAGGAAUAGCCCGCAUGAAAAAUUAUUUCAACGUACAUUGCAAAAAAGAACAUCCACACGGUUUUGGCUUCUGACGUUGUCAUUUGUACGGCUAGAGAGCAUCCAAAUAUCUGAAAUUGUAUUAUCUAUACGAAAUGCGUCUGUAUUGACAAACAAGUUGUGAGAACUUAUCAAUGAUGUGUCAUCAGUGAUUUCUGAAAGAUUAAAACAUAUACGGGAUUACGUUGCGCAGCAAUAUUUGUACAAAAAUAUUCAGACAGAUAAUAUAACACGGUUAUCUUUAUCGAUCACUUGUUCUUCAUGAUUUCGAAGUGCGCAUGUUUGUAUGGUACGCGUGCCUGGAUUAACAACCGACGCGAUUUUAGGUUGCCUAGUUUCAAGCGGCUGUAAAUUAAGCGAACUGAACGACGAAUGCACGUUCAUCCGUUGACGGUAAUGGAGUGUAUGACCGAGCGUACACGGAUUAACGUUAGGCCGCGACAAAAAGUGGCGAUUAUAGUGUAAGUUAAUUGUAGUUGUAAUUUUAAUUGAUAAGUAUCAUAGAUCAAUAAGGUAUCAUCAACUGAUCAAACACUGCGUUAUGUUAGCAUAGACACAGCAAAGGAAAUACUUUUUAUUUACAUGUCGUAUAUUUCCAGAAAUCCCUGAAAGGCAACGAGAUUUAUUCUCAGUGUUGAUUCUCGCGAAAGCGUGCAAACCGCAUCUUCUUUUGAGUUCUCUUGUUUUCGUUUGAUUUAAGGACGACUCAAUUGUUGUUUUUUUCCUCGUUUUUCUUCGUUUUUUUUCAAAAGUAAUUGUUAGAGAGAGAGAGAGAGAGAGAGAGAGAGAGAGAGAGAGAGAGAGAGAGAGAGGGAGAGGGAGAUAGAGUGAGUGAAUGAGUGAGAGAGGGGGGAGAGAGAUAAAAAGAGUGAGGACGAACCUAAUACUAUCUUUUUUUUCGAUUUCUGCCGUAGGAAGUUUAUUUGCUAGACGUCCUGUUCAUUUUGACUGGAUGACGCGAGGCAUAUGGAGUUGAGGUAAAAGAAAUUAAGGACGCGAUUUUAAUUGCACGCGCCGCUUAAUAAACGGGUUAAGGACAUACAAUUUUGACCAUUCGAUACUCCAUCUCGACAUUUUUUCCUUUUCUCUUUUUUAAGGAUUUCUUUCAUAUUAUAUUAAAUUAAAUGAUUGUACGGCAGUCGAAGGAACGAAGAAAUUCGGUUCGGUUUCGAAAUUAUUGAAUUUUUUUAUAAAUCUACCUAUAUAUACGAAAAAAUUGACAUUGUCGUUUGCGACUUUUUUUAACGAGAAUGUGGUGAUACGUUUGCAAAAAAAGCUACAACGAGAUUUCGAUUUUUCUAUUUAUUUGUGAUUGAAAAUAUUUAAGAUAUUGAAAGUCGUAUAGGUAAAAAAAUCUCCAAAAAAAGGAGAAGAAUAAAUAUCUAUAUGUACUUCAAUUUGAAAUUUUAUUGUUUUUCGACAAGCUUUCUCUUUGUCGAGUUGACGUGUGUUUUCAUAAAUGUCUUUUUGACACGAGAUAUUCUCUAAUGAUUUUAUCAUCAGUUCGAGAGUGCAAAAAAAUUACGACAGCAGGCGAUGAGAGUGAAUUUUGAAAUAAUGUAAAAGUGUAAACAUUUAAACUCCAAACAUAUUUAAUGGAACCACUACAGUGAUUUGAGAAACAAGUUUAGUGCUUUAGACAUGCGGAGACGUAUGUACGAUUGUAAAAUGUAUGACAUUGGUUGACUAUACAGGGUAUUUGACAAUUUAUGACACAUCCGUUGUGUGCAGGUAGAACUUAUCAAACUGAAUGUAAAAUUUCUCUACCAUAUCGCAAAAAAACACGUAAAAUUGAGUUAUCAAUUAAAUAAGAUUGGUGGAUGAUUACGCUGUGAUACAGCUGUGACGGCGAUAUUUGCUUGUAUAUUAGGUCAAAUCGAAUAAGAGAGUUUUCUAUCAUUUUGUAAAUAAUCAUGCAGAUUUGGAUUUAUUAAUUAAAGGAGAUUGGUGCAUAAUUAUCCGCGAUAAUGCACCAAUCUUUUUUAAUUAAUAACUCAAAAUUUAACAUGGUAGCUUGCGAAAUGGUAGAGGAAUUUUGUGUUUAGUUUGAUAUAUUUUACCUACGCACAAUGAGCGUGUCAAUAAUUAUCAAACACUCUGUAUACGUGGAAGUCACGCACAUCAUUUCAACUUCAAGAUGCACCUGCGUCUUGGCACACGUACUUUCACGAUAGAAUAUGGCUAAAAUAAAAUACGAUAAGUAGAUUAAAGCGACAACGAAGAAAAUGCGCAUUCACGCGUGUUAAAGGACGUCGUAUAUUAGUAAUAGUAGCACUAAUACUAAUGAUUAAGGAAUAUAUUUAAGGAAUUUUAGAAAAA